AUGGCGGAGACACUGAGGCGGGUGCUAAGCACGGGCAGCACGGCUGGGACUUGGGAGGGUAACACCGUUGAGGCCGGACCCCCUUUGCUGCUGAUCGGCGCCCCAGGCUCUGGAAAAACAGCGUUGCUAUUUUCGGCGGCCCUGGAGGUGGCAGGAGAAGGCCGAGGCCCUGUCCUCUUCCUGACCCGGAGGCCUCUUCAGAGCCUGCCUCUCCGUAAGAGAGCAGCACUCGAUCCUUUACGGCUCCAGAAGAUUCGCUUCCAGUACCCACCAUCUACUGGAGAGCUUCUCCGGCUUCUGUGCUCUGCCCAUGAGUCCCAAGGGCCUGUCCCCUCCCUUCUGCUGCUGGAUGGCCUGGAGGAGUACCUAGCAGAAGACCCGGGGUCCCAGGAAGUCGCCUACUUGGCUGCCUUGCUUCUGGAUACAGCAUUCCACUUUAGCCACCGACUGGGAUCCAACCGGGACUGUGGGCUCAUGGUGGCCCUGGAGACCCAAGAAGAAGCAGACAGUGGUGAUGGCCCGCAGCUGGCACUGCUCCAGCGGUAUUUCCCUGCCCAGUGUUGGCUGCAGCCAGAUGCAUCAGGCCCAGGCGAGCAUCGCCUCCGAGUCUGCCUGGAGCCAGGUGGGUUGGGCCCCAGGGCAGAGUGGUCGGUGAUUUUCCAGGCAGAUGGAGAGAUGACCACCCAGCCUACUAACCCCAGCUUCAAUAAGACUUUGAAUGCUGGAGGCCAGCCCUGAGCUCUAGAUGCCUCAGUUUCCCAUUGUGGGAAUACUUACUUUGGAGACAUGCAUAUUCAAAGACUUAAGGAAUAUAAAGUUCUUUUUCUCUUUUAAAACUAGCAUUUAUAGGGACGGGGAGUCUGACUCAGUAGUAGAGCACAUGCCUAGCAUGCUCAGUGCUCUGGGUUCCAUCCCUAGCACCACAAAAAACAAAU